AGUGGACGGUCGGCAAAGGAGAGGCCCGGGUCAGUCCCCAUACCAUGUUCUUGCGCUCUUGGCCAGAGUGCGCCUGAGCUGCCCCGGCUUCGGUGUCCCCGCGGGUCUCGCGUUGCCGCCUUUUUACAAUGCAGGCGCGCGCGCUGCUUCCCGCCUCGCUGGCCGCGCUGGCCACGCUGGCUGUAUUGGCGCUGGCCCGGGAGCCCCCGACGGCGCCAUGCCCUGCGCGCUGCGACGUGUCGCGCUGUCCGAGCCCGCGCUGCCCCGGGGGCUAUGUGCCCGACCACUGCAAUUGCUGCUUGGUGUGCGCUGCCAGCGAAGGCGAGCCCUGCGGUCGCCCCCUGGACUCGCCUUGCGGGGACAGUCUGGAGUGUGUGCGCGGUGUGUGCCGCUGCCGUUGGACCUAUGCUGUGUGUGGCACGGAUGGGCACACCUAUGCCGACGUGUGCGCGCUGCAGGCUGCCAGCCGCCGUGCCCUGCAGAUCUCUGGGACACCGGUGCGCCAACUGCAGAAGGGCGCCUGCCCCUCGGGUCUCCACCAGCUGACCAGCCCGCGGUACAAGUUCAACUUCAUCGCCGAUGUGGUGGAGAAGAUCGCGCCAGCCGUGGUCCAUAUAGAGCUCUUCCUGAGACACCCUCUGUUUGGCCGGAAUGUGCCACUGUCCAGUGGUUCGGGCUUCAUCAUGUCAGAGGCUGGUUUGAUUGUCACCAACGCCCAUGUGGUCUCCAGCUCCAACACUGCCUCCGGCCGGCAGCAGCUGAAGGUGCAGCUACAGAAUGGGGAUGCCUACGAGGCCACCAUCCAGGACAUUGACAAGAAGUCCGACAUCGCCACUAUCGUAAUCCACCCCAAGAAAAAGCUCCCUGUGUUGCUUCUGGGUCACUCAGCAGACCUGCGGCCUGGCGAGUUUGUGGUGGCCAUUGGCAGCCCCUUUGCCCUGCAGAACACUGUGACAACGGGAAUUGUCAGCACUGCCCAGCGGGAUGGCAAGGAGCUGGGCCUUCGGGACUCCGACAUGGACUAUAUCCAGACAGAUGCCAUCAUCAAUUAUGGGAACUCUGGAGGACCCCUGGUAAACCUGGACGGUGAGGUCAUCGGCAUCAACACGCUCAAGGUCGCAGCUGGCAUCUCCUUUGCCAUCCCCUCAGAUCGCAUCACACGCUUCCUCUCUGAGUUUCAAAACAAGCAUGUAAAAGCCCUCUCACCAGCACUACACUAAGAGCAGGGGCCUGCCUCCUGCUUGCUCCUUCCUUUGCGGCCCUGCCAGCCACACACACAGACCCCAGUACAGCGAGACUGGUCCCGUGAAGAACUGCAAUUGAGGAGCCUCGUUCUGUUCCAAGUGGCCCUGUGUGAAGAUGUCAGGAGCAUGCAGAGCCUGUCCCUCCCAAGAAUCCGAGGCACCUUCUGGUGACCAGUGGGAACUAGCCACCUUUUCUCUCGGCUCUAGGAAGUUCAGAAUUAGCCCAGGGUUCCACCUUUGCUCCAUUGGUUGCCUUGGCCCUUUCUCUAGUGACCGGGGCUUUCUCGUUUAUCCUGUGUAUGGGAUCAGAGCUCCAUCCACACAGACCGGCCUGUGGGUGACUUCAGUGUUGGACAUGGCCCUGUGGCCUCUGUCCCCUUGUCCCCACUUCCACUCUCAGAUAAGAACUCACUGGGGCCAGAUCUGCUUCUCUGUUGGACAGCAACUGUCCUAGUCAUGUGUCCUAGUCACUUACCCUGGGUUUUGGGGACAUGCUUACCCCAUCCCUAGAGCUGUGUUAUCACGUAAGGACAGAUCCUACCACCGAACGGUCUGGUUGGGCUUAGCUAAGUAGAGUCUGUUGGCUUAAAGUCCAUCUGAAAUUUGUGCUUAUUUAUGCUUUUCUUUUUUAAAUAAAAACAUUGGAUGACCCAAACCUAGCCAAUCUAAGUUCUUUAACACAUUCCUUUUAUUAAAUCAGAGAGGCAUCUCUUUUCUCAUCCAAGGGUUAGUUCAGGAGCCUGGGGAGCCUGGGGAGGGGGGCGGAUUCCUGAGUGACCAGUGCAGUACUGUUCAGGGGAGCUGUCCCCUUGGCUGUGAAUCAGAAGCUUCAGGGUAACGGGAGAGGCAGGCAGUGGGCAAGGCACACUUCUACCUCCUCAGGUCAACAGAUUCCCUUUGAGGAACUUCCCUGCUUGGUGGAGUCCCAGAUGAGGAGGUGGCUGGACCUAGGGAGUACAUGGGACCUGCCACAGCAGCCGGGGCUGGAUAGAAGCAUGGGCUGGGCCCUGAGUCAGUGGCAGAGCUGCUGUGCCUCUUUGCAUCCUUCUGGGGACAGCCCUGGGAACCUUGACAACCGAGGAUGGGCUAGCCUUGGACCCAGAGGUCUGACCUAUCCUCAGCUCCUUCCCAAGACUGGGCAAUCACAGUAGGUGUAUGACUGGCUGAGCUGCCCUGCCUACUCCUAAGUGUGCGUUCAGCCUUCUGAGCAGUCCCUCUAGUCGGGAGGGAAACCUGGAGGAACUUGGGAUGAUAUAACAUCUAAAUGAUGGGCCUGGGCAGAAAAUAUGGGGAGCAGAGGAGCUCAGGAGAUGGGGAUGUACCUAUCCCAGCAGGAUAGGUACUGUGGGCAGUGCAGGAUACCCCAACGUCCCAGGAGGCCAAUGUGGGGGUGGUACUGAGGAGACUUUCAGAGCAGGGGACCUACAUAGGCUCAGUGUUGCGGGGCCUUGGGGAAGGAGUCAUGGUAAGUAAGACACGUUGGCUGUUGGGGGGGUCAGUGGCUGAGAGGAGGCAAGAAGACAUCAGGGCAGAGUCACCUUCUCACGGUUGAAUCAGGCUUUGUUUGAAGGUUGAGACAUGGGUUUACUGAAAGGCAAUAGGUUUACCAAAAGGAGCCAGGGAGGGGCUUAUUGCUGAGUGGGGAGGGAACCAAAUGUCGGGGAGCUGUCAUGACAUUUGGCUGGGUUCGUGUGCCCUGACCUGAGAGAGAUCACGGACAGACAAAGGGCAGCUUCCUUAGUGCUGAUAUUCCUGAGACACAAGGGCUCAGAGACCGGGCUUCUAAAGUUCCUAGAAUUACAGCUCCAGGGCGCUGGGUUUGGGGACCCUCUGCGCCUCAGCUCUCCUCGCCGUUCUCCACGUCUCUGCACCCUCUUUGGGCUCUUCAUGGUUUUUCGGACUGUAGUAUUGUUCUUGGUCAUUUUCUUUCAGAGUCUCCCCUCUGUUGAUCUCUGGAACUCUUUAGAGCUUUGGGUGUUAGGGUCUAUAGCUCUCAAUGGCCCUCUGGGGCUCUCAGCUCCCUUUGGAGCUACCGCUCUGAGCUUCGGGUAUCAGGGCCCAUAGCUCUCAGGGUUCUCUGGGGUUCUCAGCUCCCUUUGGAGCUACUGCUCUGAGCUUUGGGUAUCAGGGUCUAUAGCUCUCAAUGGCCCUCUGGGGCUCUCAGCUCCCUUUGAGGCUACCGCUCUGAGCUUUGGUGUCAGGGUCUGUAGCUCAGGGCUUUCUGGAACACUCCUUGUUGUCUCUUUGCUGUUGUCAACUGGACUGGGAACUUGGGGGGGGGGAGUCUGCUUUUUGUGCAGACAAUUCAGCCCACUCUGAUAAAGAUAAGAAGUAGGCAAAAGACCAGUCAGUUAGAAGCCUUUAUAGGGGCUGAGGGAUGUGUCCUUAUAUAGCAAGAAAGAGCAUGGUAGGAUCCUACCAAUCACAGUACACCUUUCUGUCAACCAAUCACAAGCCUCUCAAGAGCACAGCUGCUUUUCUGCCAAUCACAAGCAAUUUGUGAUUGACAGCUCCCACAGUCACCAGGGAGGUGCUGCCCCAUCCUACUCCAUCCCAUCCUUGAACUUGUUGAAGACUGCCGUUGCCAGGGCUGAAGUAUCUGCGAGAGGGGUUGUGUGGAGGUCACCAAGGCUCCUCGAGGCUGGAGUGAGGCAUCCCGGAACUGUCUGGAACUGGCCUGACUGAAGCAAGACCUCCUGGCUCCAGAAGCAGCUGUGGUUGCAGAGGUUCUUGCAGCUGGAAGUCCCCACCCCCACCCCCAAGGACUGUGGAGUGUGCACAACAGCCAUACAGGCCGCCAAAGAAGACUUUGCUUGGCUUAUAGCCUCUGUUCAAGGCUGUGAGACAGAAGGGCCCGUCAGCUGUCAUUCUGAAGACCUAAUGGCCUGCUCCUAAACGCUUACCCUGUUUAAAGAAAGAACAAACCCAGAAACACUAAAAUCUGCUUUCCUCAAGGAACUUGUAUGGGAAUUUUAAAGUCACCUGUGUCCCCUGCUUACCCUUGGGGCCAGGCACUCCUCCAACCUGCCUCAGAAUGACACUCUCAAAUAUGGGAAGCCCUUGAUGGAGAUUUGUCCUUGACAUUGUUUGGAGGUGUGUGUGUGUGUGUGUGUGUGUGUGUGUGUGUGUGUGUGUGUAUGAGAGAGAGGGGGGGUGGCAAGUUUGGUUUCGUGGUACUUUCUGUAGUCACUGCUGUCUAGGUCCAGAACAUUCUUAGGUACCCAACUGUCUCAACCCUUUAAGGGACCCCCUUUCCCUUCCCUACCUCGGGAUUCUGUUGCUGAUGCCCUGCUGCUCAUUAAAGUGGGGGAUCCUUGGGGGGCAAAGUGAAGAUUCCCACCUGUAGUAUAGUCUCUUUCUGUCUGUGCUAUGUGCGCCUUACAGAGGUGUUUUCCCCACAGAGAUCGGGAUUGGAGGGCAGAGCUGAUGGAUACAAUGGACUAGCCCUAGAGAGCCAACAGAACCCCACUACUCCUUCAUACCUCAGCUCAGCAGUGUACCUAAAUACCCAGCCUCUGUGGUUGGGGCUGGGGUACUGCCAGGUGACCUACAAUAGUUGUUCCCUAUCUAGGAUGUCACUGGCCUCAAAGGUGGCCCCAGGAUGCUGCUUUGCCAAGAAAGCAUCCCCUAUAGGAAAGGGAUGAGGCCCCACUCCCUACACCCAUGGGAAGCUGAACUUGUGCUUUUUUAACAUGGCCUUAGGCUACAGACCAAGUGGAGUUGUCAAAGGAGGGGCAUCCUGGAUACCCAAGCUUGGGAAUCAGGCUUCAUCCUGUCCUGAUCCAGGUUCCUGGAUUUAGUUGGCAUCCACAGUGAAGUCCCGCACUCCCCACCUCACCCCCAGCCUCUCCUUGCUUGAGCUGAAUGUACAUUACUAACAGGACAUCGAAUGAGUGUCAGAGGCACUGUCCCUAAACCCCACCUGCUGAUCUCUCAGUGAAGGGCACUCCCCCAUCCUCCCUGAGCCCCAUGUCCUUCUGCCACCUAUCCGCAAGUCUCCAGGUCCUCCCUCCUGAGCAGAUCUGGAUAGGUUAGCCCCACAACUACCCUAUCACUCAGCAUCACCAGCCAGCAGAGCCCUAGUUCACUCUAGUACUGCUCCUGCCACACCAUGCCUCCCACAGGCCUCAGAACUGCAAUGGAGUGUGUCUGUGGUUCAGGUAGGAUCCAGAACCCUUCAGCCCAGUUCCCCGGGGCAUUGUUGCUGCUCAUUCAUCAUUUGCUCUGGACAAUGGAUUGUUCUAGCAUCAUUUGCUCUAAGGAGUUUGCUUUGUCCACACAAAUGGUUUUCCAGAUUUACCACAAAUUAAGCUGUUCAUCCUUGUCCUAGUGCUGCAUGGCUUAGCGCCGGUGGCUCUUCCAGGAAGUCCUGAGGUCAGGGGAUCUGAGUGCCUAUGGCUUUCCCAGAAAGUCCUGAGGUCAGGGGGUCUGAGCGCCUAUGGCUCUUUCAGAAAGUCCUGAGGUCAGGGGGUCUGAGCCCUCUGCUCUUCCUCAUCAUCUCUGCUCUCCAAGCUACCUUGUUCCAGAUACUGUUGAGAAUCAGCUUGCUGGUUUGUAUGGAAGGAAAUCAAAAGCCAGAUGGUGUUUCAAUUAGUGUUUCAAUGUGUCUGUCAAAGACUUUGUGGGGAACUGGGGUUUUAACAGUGUUGCAACCUCAGAUCCGGGACCACAGCGUCGGGCUUUUCUCAGCGUGUUAUACAGAGUAUACAGUAUACUGGCCAAUUUCUGAUGGUCUGCUACCAGAAUCUACAAGCAAAUGUGACGUUGGUAUGUUGAAUACUUGAUAACUCAUGGGUUCUAGUAGCUUCUUGGUAGAUGUCACUGGGUCUUCUAUUGUAGAGGAUUGAGUGGGCUAUGAAUAGAGACAGUUCUUCCAUUUUCCGGCUGAAUGGCCCACCCCCAUUCUCCAAAUCGACCAAAAUAUUGAAUAAAGUUUUGGGGAAUGGCCUUCCUUGUCCAGUCCCUGCAGGAAGAGGCAUUCAGUCUUAUGCCAGUAGGCUUACUGCUGGCUAAAGUUAUUGUUAUUAUUAUUAUUAAUCAAGUUGAAAAGUUUCCCUUCUGUUCUGGCUUCUCAAGGGUACACAAUGUAAGGAUUUGCUCAGUGCUUUCUGCGUGUCUGUUUAACUCAUAGUAUGUUUUUUCCCUUUUCAGUCCAUAAUAAAACUAGAAUUAGCUGAUUCUUAUUUUUUAUUUUUUUUAAGCAUUGGGAAUUGAAUCCUGGUCAAAUACAGGGUAGGCAAGUGCUCACCAAUGAGUCAUGUUCCCAGCCCUCAUCUAACUUUUCAUUUUGAGUUAGAGUUUCAGCACAUGGCCCAGGCUGGCUUUAAACUCACUUUAAACCUCAGGUAGGUCUUGAACUUGCCACUCACCUGGCUUAGCCUGUGGAGUAACUGGGGCAACAGACCUGUGCCACUAAGUCAGGCUGCUCUUUUUUUUUUUUUUUUCUUAGUUUUUUUUGAGACACGGUUUCUCUGUGUAACAGCCCUAGCUGCUCUGGAACUCGCUCUGUAGACCAGGAUGGCCUCAAACUCAGGAGAUCCUCCUGCCUCUGCCUCCUGAGUGCAGGCUGAUCUUUUAAUGUUAAACGAUCCCGUACAUUCCAGAACUAAAUCUUUCUGUUGCAAUAUAUUAUAUAUUUGGUGUGUUGGAUCUGAUUGCUGUAAGCAUUUGAAGCAGUUUUGCUUUUACCAAGACAAGAGGUUGACAGUCUAGUUUCUGGGUUUGGUCAGGGGACACCAGCAUCACUUUGAGGUCCUCUAGAGGUAUCUGUAGAACUUGGUCUGUUUCUUCCUUAAACCACCAGCUUCAGCGGCAACAUCAUCUGGGGCUGAGCUCUUUGUGGAAAUACUUUUAAUUAUGCAUCCGGCCAUCCAUUUCUUCUUGAAUGAACGUAAGUGGGGCUUUCCAGACCCUGAGCGGUGGAAUGCAUGGACACAAAGCAGUGGAAAGCUCCCCUUGCAGCCCUGUGUGGUCUGAGGGUCUGCAGCCACACCUCCUCUCUAACUCUUGACGUUGGUAACUAUCUAACUAUCUGUCUUUUUCUCACCGUCACACUGGGUAACGAUUUGUCCAUUUUAUUGAUUUCAGAGGGUUGGAGUUUGGUUCACUAACAUCUCUGCUGGGUUGUUUUGUGGCUCAUUAGUUCCUAUCUUUUUUUCUUCCUUUGAGUUUCACCUGCCACUUUUGCUUUGUUUUUUUCUUGUUUUUAAAGGGAAUCUGAAACCAGUGGUUUGAGACUUUCCUCUUUAAAUUAAAAAAAAUAUAUUGGGGCUGGAGACAUGGUACAGCAGUUAGUUACGGAUCUUGCAGAGGAUCUGAGUUCAGUUCCCAGCACCCACAUGGCCGCUGUCACUCCAUUUCCAGGGAACCUUAUGCCCUCUUCUGGCCACUGCAUGUAUGUGAUGCACAUAAUACAGAUAAAAUACUCAUGUGCAUAAAACAAAAGUAAAUACAUCACUUUAAAAAUUUUAUUAUUUCUAAGGGAGCCAUGUGUGCCCUGGCAUGCAUGUAAAGGGGUAGAGGACAGCUUUGUGGGGUCAGAUAUCUCCUUCCAUCUUUAUGUGGGCUCUGGAGAUCAAGCCCAAUUCACCCAGCGUGUACCACAAGAACAUUUACCUGCUGAGCCAUCUCUCCCGCCUGAGUCCUUUUCUCUGGUCUGGGUGUUCAGUUGUGCUCUUGCUUCUAAGAUCAGCCUCUGUGCCCUGAAAGUUUUGGUUAGCGAUCGUUUCACUGAUGUGGUUGAAGCUGUUCUCUCCUUUCUCCUUGUGUUCUCAGUCACUUACUUCCUAAGCAUUUGGGUUUCACAGGCGCUUCCUACUGUUGAUUUCUGGUUUAAUUCCACUGUGUUCAGAGAAUUUUAGCAAAUGAAAACCUGAAAGGUGUCAACAUUGCUUUGGGUUCGGAACCUUUCCCGUGGUUUCACCACUAGAGCAGCCAGGGGUGGCAGUGGGGAAGGUGAGGGAGGAAAGGGUUUGGGGAGGCUCUUGAAAAGGGCACCUCACUAUGAUCAGCGUUCUUUGGGCAUCGCCAGGUGAUGCUGCAUUUACACAGAGGGCAGAGAGGUACGAGUUUAAGCCCCAACAAGGUCAGUGGGGCCUCAGCAGUGGGGAACCUGGAGAAGCUGGAGUGAGGAAGGAGUUCAGCGGGGGACAAAGGUGCAGGGCCAAAUGAAGGGAGAGAGGGACUAAAGCCACCUGCCAGGAGAAGAUUAGAGCCAGACAUGUCAUGUCGCAGUUCCAGAGAGCAGUCAGGGCAGGGCAUCCCCAGGCCCCUGGCUCCCCACCCUACUGAGUCUCCCGUAGGUUCCUUUCUCAAGGGCAGUGACCAUGUAGUCUAACGGAACCUACUGUGUGUGCUCCAU